AAUUGAAUAUUUGUGAAAGUCUCUUUAUUAGAGAUAAAAUAUCAAUUCUUUCAAGUCAUCCUCAACAGAAUGGCUUCGGGGGGAAGCAGACUUAUUUUGGGGUGUGGCUGACGACUGCUGUCCAUUUGUGACAUUGGUCUCUUUGGUUCAUAUUUGGUUUAAAUGACACAAUUUUGGCACAAUCUGGUCCCUUGUUGCUGGUUCUCCAGACAGUUCGUAUGCGUUACUAAGCAGGGGGGAGAGGGGUUUCUGUAGUUCUUCUUCCCUCUUCAGCUGCGCCUUGAGGUGCAGGUCCAGAAAGAGGCGUUUUUACGAUGAUGCUGGCAGUCUGAGGAAACAUGGGUGCUCAUUGCCAGGGCGGGUGUUUUUUGGGUUCUCGGUGUGACGUCAUUAGCUGUGUGUGCGUAUGGGGGGGGGGGGGGGGCGGGUGCAGGGUUAAGGGGGCUGCUACUCGUUAAUCAUCAGAUCCUUCAAACGUGGUCAGGUUGUCGCUUUAUGAUUUUGGGUUGUUUUUGAUGAACCAUCUCAUGGUGAUCCAGACUCACGGCAGAGCAUCCGUCCAUCACUACAGCUGAGAAUGCACUGGGACAAAGCACUGCCGGCCCCCGGGCCCCCGCGGCCGUACCAGGGUGUGCGGGUGAGAGACCCCGUCAGAGAGCUGCUGAGGAGGAAGCGAGGCCUGGAGCAGCAGGACGGCCCCGGGACAGCACCCCCUGCUGUGGAUGCGUCUCCACACCAUAACCCCUCCCCCUACACACCAGUCAGUUGCUCUGGGUUCGGGGUCCAGAGUGGCGCCGUGGACACAGGACGGGGUCCCGGCGGGGACUGGGCCGUCCAGCACCAGGGAGCCCAGCCCUUCCAGCCCCCCCAGUUCCUCCAGCCUGCCCCGGCCUGGUGCCCAGUGGACUGCGGCCAGCAGCACCUCCCCUCCACCCCGGGCCCUCCGUCGUACCCGGGGUCACGAGGUCUGGCGGGGGAGGUGUACAUGAAGACCCUGGGCCCCAGCUACGCCCUGGUGGGACCUCCCCACACCCUGCUGACCUACACGCACGCCCCCCUCCUCACAGGCCUGGGGAUGGAGGGUCCGGACGCUGGGCUCACCUACUUCCCCUGGGGGGCCCCACCCCUUGCCUCCAUUUCCACCCUGCCCCCCCCCGCUGUUCAGCUGGCGGCCUGCUCUGUACCCUGGCCCUGCUCCGCCCUGGUCCACAGGCCCCUGUCCGGCCCCGGCCCCGGCCCCGGCCCCGGCCCCGGCCCCGUACCUGGGGCCUUUGUGAGUGCCACGCUGCCCAAAGCUGAGGUUUUCCAGGAGCCAGAGAGGUCGGUCUUUCCCCAGCCGGUCCGAGAGGACCCCAGCCCACACCGGCACCACCCAGACCUGGAGGCCUCGAUGGAGCGGGCCCCCAGGCCCCUUGAUCACCUGGUGGAGCAGGGCCCCGGGCCCCUUGAUCAGCUGGUGGAGCAUGCCCCCGGGCCCCUUGAUCACCUGGUGGAGCAGGGCCCCGGGCCCCUUGAUCAGCUGGUGGAGCAUGCCCCCGGGCCCCUUGAUCACCUGGUGGAGCAGGGCCCCGGGUCCCUUGAUCACCUGGUGGAGCAGGGCCCCGGGCCCCUUGAACACCUGAUGGAGCAGGGCCCCGGGCCCCUGGAUCACCUGAUGGAGGCCUCAAUGGAGCAGGGCCCCGGGCCCCUUGAUCACCUGGUGGAGCAGGGCCCCGGGCCCCUUGAUCACCUGGUGGAGCAGGCUCCCGGGCCCCUUGAUCACCUGGUGGAGGCAGAGGUGAAGCAGGCUCCCGGGCCCCUUGAUAACCUGGUGGAGGCAGAGGGGGAGCAGGGCCCCGGGCCCCUUGAUCACCUGGUGGAGCAGGGCCCCGGGCCCCUUGAUCACCUGGUGGAGGCAGAGGGGGAGCAGGGCCCCGGGCCCCUUGAUCACCUGGUGGAGCAGGGCCCCGGGCCCCUUGAUCACCUGGUGGAGGCAGAGGUGGAGCAGGGCCCCGGGCCCCUUGAUCACCUGGUGGAGCGGGAGAUGGAGCCCAUGAACCCACUGGAGAGACUUCUGGAGGAGCCCGAUGAAGGGGGGUCAGGAAGGGGGGGUCCGGAGAGGUUCAGGAGCUCUCUGUUCUCAGUCCAUAUUUGACCCGUUGACCUAAAACCACUGGUAUUGUGUCAAUAGGUCGUAAUCAAUAUGAUAUACCCAACAUAUUACUAAAUGUUGUUAUCUUUAUGAAACUAAGAACUUGUUGGUAUCAUGACCCUUAAACAUUAUUUUUUUGAACAUGUGUUAUUCUGAGGUAUUCGGUAUGUUGUGCAGAUUAUUUGACCAAACUGGCGGAAAGUGUCUAAUCUAUAAAUGCAGUUUCCUUUUUUUUAAGGGCACUGUACUUUCUAUCAUUUAUACACCACUAUAUAAUAUAUAUUAUCCACGAAAACUAGAGUAGCAGAUGUUUUUUGUUAAAUGGUUUCUUGUAAUCUUGUCAUUUUUAGUUUAAGCGUAAAAUCAAACGUGUGGUUAAAUUCAGCGUUGUUAUAUGUAGUGGUACAAAAUGCUAUGGAAAAUACUUCAAUGUUCAAUGUUUAAUGGCAGACAUAACUGGUACCUGUAUUUCUGUCUCUUUCUUUCGCCGUGUUUUGUUUAUCCAGGGUGGCAGAACACAAUGGCUCACAGACUAUUUUGUUAAAGUCCAAAAAAUAAAGAAUUAUCCAACUGCCA